AUGCUCUGGGCACUGACCACGGCCAGGGCGGUCCUGGGGCACAGGGCGGCAGGCUGGGUGAGGACUAUGGCCUCCCACUCGCUGCUGGUGGCCCCCCCGGCGGCCCUGAGCAAGCCGCUGUCCAUCCCCAGCCGGCUGCUGCUGGGGCCAGGCCCCUCCAACCUGACCCCCCGCGUCAUGGCAGCCGGGGGGCUGCAGACGCUGGGCCACAUGCACCAGGAGGUAUACCAGAUCAUGGACGAGAUCAAGCAAGGCAUCCAGUACGUGUUCCAGACCAGGAAUGCCCUCACCCUGGCCAUCAGCGGCUCGGGGCACUGCGCCCUGGAGGCCGCCCUGUUCAACCUGCUGGAGCCAGGCGACUCCUUCCUGGUCGGGGUCAGCGGCAUCUGGGGGCAGCGGGCCCAGGACAUCGCAGAGCGCAUCGGAGCCCGCGUGUACCCGAUGAUCAAGGUGCCUGGAGGCCACUUCACUCUGCAGGAGGUGGAGGAGGCUCUGGCCCGGCACAAGCCAGCUCUCCUGUUCUUGGCCCAUGGAGAGUCAUCCACCGGCGUGAUGCAGCCUCUUGAUGGCUAUGGGGAGCUCUGUCACAGGUACCAGUGCCUGCUCCUGGUGGAUUCAGUGGCAUCCCUGGGGGGUGCCCCCAUCCACAUGGACCGGCAGGGCAUCGACGUCCUCUACUCGGGCUCCCAGAAGGUCCUGAACGCGCCCCCAGGCACCUCGCUCAUCUCCUUCAGCAACAAGGCCAAAAGUAAGAUCUAUGCUCGUAAGACCAAGCCCGUCUCUUUCUACCUGGACAUCAAGUGGCUGGCCAACUUCUGGGGCUGUGAUGACAAGCCCAGGACGUACCACCACACCACCCCCGUCGUCAGCCUGUACAGCCUGAGGGAGAGCCUGGCCCACCUGGCGGAGAAGGGCCUGGAGAACAGCUGGCGGCAGCACCGCGAGGCCUCCGAGUACCUGCACGCGUGUCUGCAGGGGCUGGGCCUGCAGCUGUUCGUGAAGGACCCGGCGCUCCGACUGCCCACCAUCACCAGUGUGGUGGUCCCCAUGGGCUAUGACUGGAGGGACAUUGUCAAGUACAUCAUGGACCACCACGGCAUCGAGAUUGCCGGCGGCCUUGGGCCCUCGGCGGGGAAGGUGCUGCGGAUCGGCCUGCUGGGCGGCAACGCCACACGGGAGAAUGUGGGCCGGGUGACCCGGGCCCUGCGGGAGGCCCUGCAGCGCUGCCCCCGCAACAAGCUGUGA